ACCAGGCUCCUUUAGAUUCUUGGAGAGUAACGAGUGACACGGCAGUGCUGCUGCAGCGUGGUACUCGGCAACACCAAGCAAACAAACACCGGGACAUCUGGGAAACGGGUCAUCUGAGGAAAGAGGGAAGUUAUUUUGUGUUUUGUUUGUUUUAGUUCUGCACGAUGUUGAGCUAUCUGCCCUUCCUGUCGCCCACGACGUGGACGCUGAUCCUGCUGCUGGUCGGCCUGCUUGUUGUGUAUGGAUACUGGCCCUAUGGCAUAUUCAAGAAGUUGGGGGUCCCAGGCCCAAAGCCUGUGCUGUUCUUUGGGAACAUGCUCAACUACAAAAAGGGCUUCCACAAUUUUGACCUGGAUUGCUUCAAGAAGUACGGCAAGAUGUGGGGGAUUUAUGAUGGGAGGCAAGCUGUUCUUAGCAUCAUGGACUCAGAGCUGAUCAAAACCAUCCUUGUUAAGGAGUGCUACUCCAUUUUCACCAACAGACGGAAUUUCCGUCUGAAUGGUCCCAUGUAUGAUGCCGUGUCAAUUGCAGAGGAUGAGGACUGGAGGAGGAUUCGUAGUGUGUUGUCUCCCUCUUUCACCAGCGGACGCCUGAAGGAGAUGUUUGCCAUCAUGAAGACUCACUCCGCCAACCUUGUGAGCAGCAUGAAGAAGGACGCAGACCAGGCCAAACCCUCCGACACCAAGGAGUAUUUUGGCGCGUACAGCAUGGACACCGUGGCCAGCACAGCCUUCAGUGUGGACAUUGACUCCCUCAACAACCCCAAAGAUCCCUUCGUCUCCAACAUCAAGAAGAUGCUCAAGUUCGACCUGCUCAACCCCCUCUUCGUGAUUAUCGCUUUCUUCCCCUUCAUGGCUCCUAUCUUCGAGAAUAUGGGUUUUGCCUUCUUUCCCACCUCUGUGACGGACUUCUUCUAUAAGUCACUGCAGGCCAUUAAGAACCAGAAGCAAGCCAGCACCCAAAAGAGACGAGUGGACCUCCUGCAACUCAUGAUGGACUCUCAGACUCAGGACGAGAAUGAAUCUGGCAAUGACAACAGCAUUCACAGAGGACUGAGCGACCAUGAGAUUCUAUCCCAGUCAAUGAUUUUCCUCUUUGCGGGCUACGAGACCAGCAGCUCCACGAUGAACUUCCUCUUCUACAACCUGGCCACACACCCAGAGACCCUCAAGAAACUCCACGAGGAGAUUGACGAGGUCUUCCCAGACAAGGCUGAUGUCCAGUACGACCCCCUGAUGCACAUGGAGUAUCUGGACUGCGCGCUGAACGAGACAUUGCGCCUGUACCCUCCCGCCGCGCGCCUGGAGAGGGUCUGCAAGAAGACGGUGGACAUCAACGGCGUGCUCAUCCCCAAGGACAUGGUCGUCAUGGUACCCACCUACGCCCUCCACAGAGACCCCGAGAUCUGGCCCGAGCCCGAGGUCUUCAAACCAGAGAGGUUCAGCAAGGAAAACAAGGACAACAUUGACCCCUACACGUUCAUGCCGUUCGGCCUCGGACCCAGGAACUGUAUUGGGAUGCGUUUCGCUCUGGUCAGCAUGAAGCUCGGCAUCGUGCAGCUACUGCAGAGAUUCACCAUUGCCACCUGCGCAGAGACAGAGAUCCCAUUGGAGUUGGACAUAUUGGGCCUGAUGGCCCCGAAGAGACCCAUUAAACUGCAACUGAUUGCCAGAUCAGCUGGAGCCCAGCCCAGCCCCAGAGGAUGAACACCCACACCAUCCAUCCAUCCAUUCAUCCAUCCAUGCGCCCAUGCACCCAUCCAUCCACCCAUCCAUCCAUCCAUCCAUCCAUCCAUCCAUCCAUCCAUCCAUCCACAUGAACAUCAGUGUUGCCAGAUGAGAAAUGCUGAAUUAUCAAAGUACCAAAACCUCAAAAUGAUCGUUUUUGGGGACUCUUUGGCAGGAAAUUAUCGUACAAGACCUAAAUUGUUAUUUCAAGGCAUCUAAAUGAACUGAAUGACAACUCUGAAAUUAUCGUACAUCAUGUUUUUUUGAUCGCACAGAGUACAAAAUGGACAAAAUUAUGGUACAAAUAUGAUAAUUAUCGUACAUCUGGCAACACUGACGGACAUCAAGGCUCAUCUCUUAAAUCAAGAAGGCCCUUCACUCAGACACUCAUCGGAGAAUCAUAUUGUCCAGUUUAACCUGUGAAUCUGUAAAUCAUUUCUGAAGCUCUGGAUCUCAGUACCAAAAAACUACCGCAAAUGAUGUCUCCCUCUACCGAUCCCAUUUGAGUUGGGCACAAUGAGUUCAAUAUGAAGAUAAAGACGUUGUCACCAUGAGCCACGUGUGCUAGAUCAGGGGUCAGGGACCUUCUUGGUGGAGAGAGCCAUUUUUGAAAACACAUUUUAGAGAGAGCCAUGCCAUUAUAAAAAGCAUGUAUUUCAAUGAAGCCAACAAUUUUAGAGUGUACUGUCCAGUUGUUAAGUUUUAUUGAUAACAGGUAAGUCUAAGACCCAGAUAGUUCCCAUAAGAGCCACAUAUGGGUUCCCUACCCCUGUGCUCGAUGCUUUAUCUCCUUGACUCAGCAAUCAGUUAUGUUAAUUGUGUAGUCGCCACCCACAGGGGUGGAUCUAGCCAUUUUGGGGCCAUAGGCGAAAUAUCAACAUGGGGCCCUCAAAAGUCAUUAUAUAGACUAUUUGGGGAAUUAUAUAGACUGUUCAUAUAAUUCUACACAGACUAGUUGGGUAUUUUGCUCUCAUAUAUACUGUGCUGAAGAAGGCUUCCGCCGAAACGCGUGGGUCUCUGCUCCCAUGUUUUUAAACUUAUUAGCCAUGUUUCAAUAAAGGCUUUUUAAUAUUUGUCCACAAGAAGAGUGCCCUGGACUCCCUUUUUUGACAAUAUUCUGUGCGUAUCUUCGAUUACUUUGCAUAAGUGACAAAGCCUUUUUGUGUGUUUAUCGCAACUGGUGUGGUAGUUGGGGCCCCUAAGCAGGACAGAUUUGGUCCGGGCCCUAGGCAAUUGCCUAUAUUUGCCUAAUGGAAAGUCCGCCUCUGGCCACCCGUGCAGACCCAUUCCAGCUCAACUCAAAUGCAAUCCUGAUUGUGAUUACCCUGGCUGCGCUUUUGUAUUUUCUUUGAGCAAUCGUUGGUUAAAGGGGUCAGAGGGAUCAACAUUGCUUCGGGUUUGUUUUUGACUCCCUCUGCAUUUACAUAUUGUGAAUUCAGGUAAAUUGGGCCGCUUUCGGCCAUUGGCUUCCUUGUUUUU